CGAUCGAGGAAAGUCCGAAACCCUCGGCUGGCGAUGCAGGGCAUCGGUGCGCUGCUGCCUCCCACACAUGAAAGGAUCACUGGUUCUGAUCCACACUCCUCCUCCUCCUCCUCCUCUCGCAAUCUGCUUUUGAGGUUUUUGAGAUUUAAGAUUGCAACAGAGCAGCGUGCCAAAGUAGAAUGGCUGCGCUGUGGAGGGGCAUUGCACGAUCUGUCGCUGUUGCGGGAGAGGUGCGGAUGAUGGCGAGUCUGCCGGGGUUCUGUCUCUCUGGCCUCCGCUCCAGCGGGUCCCUGUCUUCAAGUGCUUCUCCCUUCUUGGUGUAUCGGCCCCUCUCUGCUCAGGUGACCUUGAGCACAGACGCUAACCGACAGCCGUCUGUGUUUCAGCCACGCUCCGCGCAGUAUGGCAAAGUCGCCUCCGUUGACAAAUUAGGGGAGGAGCCUUCUACUUCCUACCGGGCCCGACCAUGGGAGUCAAGCGCUCCAUCCAGGCGUAGGACUGAUAAUUAUCAGGAAAGAUCUGCAGAAAGAUCAGCCCCACCCUGGAAGCGGAAUAACUACCGGGACUCAGAGAGGGGGUCAGCGAUGGCGGAGAAUGGUCAGAGCAAUCGCAGGUUCGGCAAUCUUUCGAUCAAAAAUCGAGGGCCGCCUACCAACGGUCAUGCCAAUGGCCAUGUCAGCGACUUGCUCGAGGUGGCUGAGCCGCAACGAGACAGCCUUUUCACCCCAUACCGCAUGUCUCGGGAAUUCAGCUCGAGUGCUCUUCUCGAUGCCGAUGCUGAUAGCGAUGGUUCUGACAUGGACGUCGACGCUUACAAGAAACAGCAUGAUGUGACAACCUCUGGUAAGGAUGUCCCAGACCCUUUUAUGACCUUCGAGUCCACUGGCUUUCCUGCUAGUCUGAUGAAGGAGCUUCAGUACGCGGGUUUCGAUACCCCGUCACCUAUUCAAGCCCUGAGUUGGCCAAUUGCCCUGCAAAUGCGAGAUGUCGUAGCUAUUGCGAAGACAGGUUCUGGAAAAACUCUGGGUUACUUGUUGCCCGCGUUCCUUCGACUGCAAAACAACCGGCCCACGCAUCGUCAGAACCCGUCUGUCUUGGUGCUUGCGCCCACAAGGGAACUCGCCAACCAGAUCCGCGAGGAGGCUGUGAAGUUUGGGAGAUCCUCCAGGGUUAUGACCACUUGCGUCUGCGGAGGUGCCCCGAAAGGACCUCAGCUUCGCGACAUCCAAAGAGGAGUAGACAUCAUUGUCGCGACCCCGGGACGGUUGAACGAUCUCCUUGAAAUGGGGGCGGUGAACCUUCAACAUGUUUCUUACCUGGUUCUUGACGAGGCUGAUCGUAUGCUGGAUAUGGGGUUUGAACCUCAGAUUCGUGCCAUAGUGGAUCAAAUGCCCGUCCAGCGUCAAACUUUGAUGUAUACCGCGACUUGGCCCAAGGAAGUGCGAAAAAUUGCUAGAGAUCUGAUGACAGACCCGGUUCAAGUGAACGUUGGGAACAGUGAUCAGCUCUCAGCGAACAAGUCUAUCACCCAGCACGUGGAGAUAGUCUCCCGGUCGAGCAAGGAGAGGAGGUUGGAGCAAAUUCUCAAUGGUCAAGAGGAAGGAGCAAAAGUUUUGAUAUUUUGUUCCACCAAGAGAAUGUGUGAUGAGCUGUCCAUGAACCUUCGACGUGAUUUUGGCGCUUUGGCCCUCCAUGGAGACAAGUCGCAGAGAGAGCGUGACUUUGUACUUCAGCAAUUCAAGAGAGGAAAGGCAUCUAUCCUCGUUGCAACUGAUGUUGCUGCAAGAGGAUUGGAUGUCAAGGACAUCAGGCUCGUCGUCAAUUACGAUUUUCCUACCGGUGUCGAGGACUACGUCCAUCGCAUUGGAAGGACUGGUCGUGCCGGUGCGACCGGCAUAGCUCAUACCUUCUUCUCGAACGAUGAUUCCAAGCACGCAAGAGAGCUUAUCAAGGUUCUUGAAAGCACCAAUCAGAUAGUCCCGCCCGAGCUCCGACAGAUGGGUGGUGGACGAGGUGGCGACAGGCGAUCUGGUGGGGGAAGCAGAUGGGGUGGUGGCGGCGGAGGUGGGAACCGCAGAGAGGGUCAAGGUAGCUACUAUACAGGGAAGAGUAGCCAAAACUCUGGAUCCGGAAGUAAGUGGGGAGGACAGGGUGGUGGCCGGAAUGACAGGAAGAUGGCUUUGUGGUGAAUUUAGGUUUAGGAAGUUUUACAAACAGAAACGUAGAGUAGUGAACACAAAAUACACUGGCGAUUCUUAGGUGCUUUUCACGAGGACAGGUCUAAAAGAAAAUUGCAGUUUGGGCAGCCAGAGGAUGAGCUGUCGUGGCAUAUCGGAAUCGCGUGUCCUCUAUGCUGGGUAGAGACCCUGGCUACACUCUGAAGUAGCCAGUUGUGGUAGAGGUGGUCAACUUCGAGAUACUCUGAAGGGAGGAACCGGCGUUAUAUUGUUAAUGGCCAUCUUGUGCGGGAAAUUAUAGGGAACCAAAUUUUGAUCUGAACCGUUAACUCAGAGGGUGUUUCAAGUCAAAAUGUUCUUAGUAGUGUACUUGUAUAGUGGGGAUAGGCUUGGCACCCCAAGCUGUUAUCAGUGGAACAUUCGUUAAGAGCAUGGAUUCCAUGCGACUAUUAAUUCAACUGUCAGUAGUACAUGUACCACACUUGGGUUACACUCAGGAAGGAGUAGACGUGACAGAAAGUUACAGGACCUUCCAUGUAAAGCAUUCAAUCAAUUACAAUAAUAUGAUAGUAGGAGCAUUCGGUGAUUGUUAUGUUGCGCCUCGACGGAGCGCUAAUCGCGGUUGUCUUCUUAAUAUGAGUAAAGUUGUUUUUAUUGUU